GACGCGAGUCAGUAGUGCCGGUGUGUAAAAACCUAACCGCUGGUCUUCUUCGCUGCACUUCGGCCGCGCUCGGUCGAUCUCGCUCUCUCGGGCUCCUCUCCUCUUCUCUCCCUUUCCCUCCUCUAUCGUGUGCGCGCGAUCGUUACUCUGAGAGAACGUCCGCCGAGCGCAGUGGAUCCGCGGCAGGUGAAAAGCCGAUGAGAGCUUGUACGACGAGAGUUUCCGGACACGACACGAGCUACUAGCAUAUUCGGCGUUCGACGCCUGUCAUCGGCAAAUGUCAGCGCGCUGGUAUUGCGACGAAUCGAUUUCCGAAUAACGACCCGAAUCAGAUACUCGUUGACGUUUGAGCGGCGUGGGUAGAGAAACUGUGCGCUGCAGUGCCCUCACAAUAGAGAUACAGAUAUCCCGUGAGAUAUCAGAAGAGUAUUUCCCGUGAGAGAUUUGAAUGAGAAUUUGUAUAAUAGUUUGAAUAACGUAUCGCAUCGAGAGGAAUUGAAGAACUCUGAAAUUAAUCAAGAAAGUAUAAUUAUUGUGCUCUUCGUUAACGAAACUUAGACUGACUGAGAUCAAGUUGGCAGCGCGAUUGUUUGGCGAACAGAAAGUUUGAAUAUCGGUUAUACAAUUUGAAGCAGAAUUUCACAUUAAAAUUAAGGAGUUUGAGUUAACUAAAGCAUAUACAAUAUUCUAUUCUAACAGUAUGAAAAUAUUGAGUUUGAGAUAAAACAACGCUCCGGAGACAGAAAAUCUAAACAAUUACAACUUAAAGCAGGAUAAUUUGAAUGCAGCGAUCUCGAGAUAAGCAACAAGACAUUUAACUUCGAAACUAAUUAAAACUGACCAAUUUCUGAUAUUCAACAGAACAAAUUAGUGGAUUAAUUGUGUAGAUAGCAAGUCUAAGCAACAAUCAGCAGAAUAGGAUAACGAGAUUAAAUCAUUUAUUUUUAGAGCAAAUCGAGACAGAGCAUGCUCUCUCGAGUAGCAACACAUAGGCAGCACGAGACAAAAAAUAAACACGAGUCGAAACAGAAUAACUGACGCGAUAUCGGAACAAGCGUCGGAAUUAAAUACUUUUCGACACGCGAAAAAAAACGAAUAUUUGUAAACUUGAUAUCCGGCACGAGAUAACAUUCGCUGCGUGUCCUCGUAGAGUCUGCCCCAUCCAGCAGAAGAAGAGACGAAUCUCGACUGCGGCGAGCGCGAUCAAGCCGGUCGUUGCACUUCGCCUGCUCACUCUGGUAAAUCUCCGCCUCCUCGCAAUAUACCGUUACUAUCAAGAUCGGACGAGGCCUCCGCCUGUUGUCUCGUGUCUUACUCGUACAACUGUUCCACAUCAGACUUUUCGAUUGAAACGAGGACGCUUCGAGUGUUUAUUUUUUGUAAGACAUUGCGAAUUGGAUUAAAAGGAUUUUAAACGUGUCUAGAUAUCGUUGUCCUAGCUACGAGUGUUUACAACGAAGCGGCGUUAAAUUUGUUCGAGGUAACAACAAUAGAUUGAUUACAAUUAGUCCACGUGUAAUCAAGUCGACGACAAGGCUAACUUAAGAUAAUAGGGAGAAGCGUGUGAUUUCGAUCAUUCUCGAAAACACCCAUAGGAUUUCAAGCUAGUAUAAAAAGUGUUGAUUGUCGCGUGAAAGAAGGACGACAGUCGGGCGAUAUACGAGAAAAUUUCAGCUGCUGUUAUGCGUGCGCUGACCGAAGCGAUGAAGCAUCGCGCGAUCAGCUGACUAGUCGAGUUAUUCGGCGGCCGUACCGCUGAUAAGGACAAUAUCCGAGACAAGCACUCCCGGCGACACUCGCCGCCCGCUUGUUCUAUCAUGACAUUUGGCACGCCAUUCCACACCGAGAAGUCGCAGUUAGCCAGCGAGAAUUCCGCUCGGACCGGCAGUAUGGCGGUCGAAGAGGGGAUGCUGGGCGGUGGUCUGGGUGCAAAAUUGAAAUGCCCGACUCCCAUAUCGCGAUUGAGGGUGGAAAAGAUCGAGGGCGGUCUGAUGGUCGCCGGCGUAGUAAUAGCGGCGAACUGCCAGAUCGCACUUCCGGCGUUCGGUACCCUCUUCAUGCUCGUCGGUGCUGUACUCACUGCUGCGUCUUAUCGCGGUCCUGGCGAGGACGAAGAUAAGAAUUCGUACGCCGCCCGAAUUGCCUUUACCGGCAAUUCCCGUAUCUUGGGGCCGAUUUGCAUAGUCGUGGGCGCUCUUAUGCUUGCUCUUGGCAUCCUGCUUUGCAUGCUCACAAGACGUGCCAGGCGAAGGGAACGCAGAGUGGGUUUCCAUUGCCCGCUGCACGGGGACUUCUAUCCUCUUAGUCCAGUUCAGGGUAUCAAGAUGUUUGGGGUAUCUGGCAAGGACGUAAGUGGAUGGGCGAAGAUCCCGUGUCUGAAAAAUCGUGCAUCUAGUAAAGGGGGAAGCGGCGUGGGAGGGCCACACGUGGGUCCACCGCAAUGUCCGCACUCUGUUUUGAGCAGCACUCGCAGUUCCGUGAGCAGCUCGCCUAUGAGUCCGUGCCCGACCCCCAUGCCUUUCCUGGUGACUUCGGGUUCUGUCAGUAGCGGCAUGGUGCAAACCGUCGGAGCCAAUUUAUCGCCGGACCAAACAUUCGGAUCGAUCCGGUCGCUCUCGGUGACGAGGGAAGUUGCCAGUUUCCCUCUAUCGCGAACACCCACGCCACCUCCGCAGCAUAGAACGUCGGCAUCGCUGGCGGCGAACCCCGAGGAGCUGGUGGGCGUCGAUAGCCCUCUAAGGGAGGCUUCCCCCAGGCCGGAGGUACGCGUGGUCGCGCCAUCCCAUCGGCCACCACCGACGUCCGUCCUGGCGGCGGCAAACGGCGGCCACCAUCACCACCACCACACCGUCUCCAUGGCGAACCGCAAAUCCGUCAGCAUACUGCUGCCCGAGCAAACCAGCGGAUGACCCAAGUUGCUGCAGCAGCAGCAACUGCGGCAGCAACAGCAGCAGCAGCAGCAGCAGCAGCAUGGCUUCGUACACCGUUGCGAUGAGGCACCGCUCUCGAUUUAAGAUCCGUUGCUCAUCUUCGAGAGGUCAUUUCCGACUAAGACGAUGAUGAUGACGGGAGAACGGGUGAUCGGUUCCGGGUAACUGAGAAUUAAUUAAUCUCGUAUUCGCGAGAGUUUGCAUCGCGUCUUCGAUCGGGCAUAAUCUUCACGUACAGCACAUGAGUAACGCAAUCAGCCAUGAAUACGACUGGCUCGUUAAGGAACGAGUGAUUGAUGACCGGUUAUUGUCAUAUAACAUCAACUAUAGUUUGACCAACUCCUCGUAUAUAGUUAGCAUGAUCGUUAGAUGCGAGAUCUCGAGAGAGAGAGUUGAACUAUGGCCGAUGUUAAGAGAGUUGCUGCGUGAAAUAACCGGUUUUCUCUUAUCUCGCUCGAAUAAUGAGGUUUAUUCGUGAAUCGAUAUAAUCGAAUCAUUACGGUACAUCACUGUUUGUCGGAGAUGAUGCCCAAUAUUGAUCUCGACUGGAAACCGUGCUUAGUGUCUCCGUUUUAGUAUUCGAUAACAAGUUUCAUCGUUAAACCGUAAGAUAAUUUGUCAAUUGAAAAUAUUUGGGGGAAUUAUGAUAAAUUAUCAUAAAUUGUGCGUGUGCAUGUGUGUAUGAAUAUAUGGUGGAAAUUUUUCUCCGUAUUGUAUAUAGUAUUCAAGAGAAACGAAAACGAUGACGUUGGAGAAAUUACAUUUCCGAACUAUGAACCCGUACGUGUUUCGAUUUACGCUCGCUGUAUUAUUAGAGCGUUCUUAUGCAUUAUUGAUGAUCUAGAGAGAUUCAACGUGCAGUACUGAUCAAAGGUGCUAUUUAACAUGCACACGUUGAUCGUCAUAUGAACGGAUAAUUUUACAUCGAAUUAUAUUUUACGAAUUAUAUGCGAGUCAAAAAUUACAAAUUAAUGUGCAUCGCAGUACAAAUGUACCGCAAAAUAUGAUGUAAUGUGUAUAGAAAAUUAUUAAACUCGUAUAUAAAAAGUAAUAGGCAGGAUUACAGAUUUAGAGAAUUUUUAUUUUGCUUGAUAAAUUGAAAUAAAUUUACGUUGGAAGAACGUAUAAAAAAUUAUGAAAGUUUGUGUAAUUUUGCUAUUUAAUUAAAAACAUAUUGAUAUUAAUUUUAUAUAUGCAACAAAAUUUGUAUGCAUUUUGCAAUAGAGGAUACCGAAAUUAUUCUAGGUAAAUUGGUUUUGGAAUAUUAUAUUUUUGCAGUUUGUAAAUAGAAUUCUGAUAACUUUGCAGGCUUCAUUAUCAAUGUGCUUUUUCUCUACCUCUGUUUUUUUUUUUUUGCAAUCACGAUAAAAAAAUGUAGUUUAUGUGGAUGGAAUUUUUCAAACAUUGUUAAUUCUUUCGAUGCCAUGUAAAAAAAAAGAAAUCUACACAUGUAUUAUUUCUCUUUGCAUAUUAGAUAAUUUUUAUAAUUGAAAUUAAAUGUGUCGGAGAAAUUCCAUAUUAAAAAUAUCAAGAUAAUUAUAAGUUGUUAAAUUAAAUGUUAUUCCAUUAAAAAUUUAAUUCUGUCAAAAUGUUUGCAAAUUAAUAUCGUGUACGCGACAUGAUUACUUUCUAUGCAUUAAUCUCGACGUUAUAUCAGAAUUUAUAGCAUUCUUUUCUCGCGCAUCGAAAGGGUUAACGUUUGGCAGAGACACCCAGCACGGUUUUGCACUGAAAUGCAUUAAUUAAAUCUCAGUUAUUUUUGAUUCGCGGACGAUACGCCCUUCCUAUCUACACCGCCAAGAGGAGCAACAAGCUCUCGCGAUCACAGAGCUACAUCCAAUAGCUAUUCGUCGCAACGGCGUACGUUUCUGGCCAAAAGUAGUUUUUAAGAUAUCCUCGCGCGCGAUUUUAACACGUCCUUCUAAGGCGGGAAACACGAGCCAACGAAGCGAGAGAGAUUGAGAUCACUCCGAAUCUUUUCUCUUUUGCGAAUUCACUUUUUUUAAUUCUCCAAUGCUGAAACAAAGUCUCAUGGAUUAUUAGAUUUUUUUUGUAACAACAAUUUAGGAUCACUGAACAAUUAGAUUUUCAUUUUGUUAGUUUAUUUUAUUUUACAAUCUAGAAACUUAUUUACACACAAUUUUUAUUAGCGACACUAGGCGCCUUUGGAAAAGAUCGAAGAGAAUGACUAUAUAGAUAAUCGACUUUAGGCUGACUUUGUAUUUUCUUGGGUGGGUACUCUAUAUAUCGAGGCAUCUUAAAUAUUUCGCUGACUUCGAUGUUUUAAGAACGGUCUUUGAGGGAAGAAGGUAAGUUGAGUAGACGAACUGUCUUUUCUCUUGUGGCCCCGAAUCUUCAAUGUCGGUCACGAGAUGAAUCGAUAUCGCGAGAGCAGCGGAGAUUUCCGUUUUGAUCCAGGUAGGCAGAUAGAUAACUAAAUAGACAUGCCAUCCGAAUCAUGAUUGGCUGACGUUCAAGCUCGUUUAUAAAGGCCGACGUUCGGCUCAAUUUGCGCAGGAUCGAAGUGACACUCUUAUUUUUAGUCCGGACGAAUUAUCUCUGAGUCGUUCGAACUGAUUCAACGAAAGACACUUAACCGGCGUUCAUGCUAGUAAGAUAAUACGACGGAUUCCGAUACGAUAGAAAGAUUCCGCACAAUCAGUGCGAUAAUUCAUUAUUUCUUCUCGGUAUUGACGGUUUUUUUCUUGUAACAUCUAUCAAUCAAACAUUUGUCCCCUUGUUAAAUCUAUUUAACUUUAAAAUAUAUCACAUAGACAUUCACACUUUAUGUCAAACACAUUUUUUAUAUUUUAUGAUCAUUGAGUAAUUGCUUUUGAAAAACAUUAUGUAUAUUCAAUUGUUUAUUAUGUCAAAUAUUACCGAUGCAUUUACAGAUGUAUAUAUGAGAAUUAUUUGUCACACAUUAAAAUAUCACUCGUGAAUUUACAUAUAUAUGUCUCUACACGAUCUAAUAACUUAUGUGACUUUGGAGAAAUAGCGACUGAAGAUUUAAUAUUUCCGGGUAAAAAUCGGGGCAUCUUCGGAAAAAACUCAAUAUAAAAAUCAAGAAAAAUCAAAAUAUCGACUAGUAUUUGAGUCAGGACAAAACGAGGACUGGCAAAACGACUGUAAUCCUUGACAAUCUAUCUAUCAUAGAGAUAUUUGUGUUGCGCUAAAUCGCAAAAAAGAAUGGUGGAGAAAAAUUAUAGAAAACUGUGACGAAUGGCGAAGAUCGAAAUUUAAUUUAGUUGAAAUGAGUUUAUGAUCGUAUUUUGAAUAAUUUGAAAAUAAUAAAGUGGAAUGCAAGGAAACGGAAAUCUCAGAUAUCCAACAUUUCACAGCAAUGAUCUUUGUACGUAUCGAAGUGAACGUUAAAUAAUAAUUUUUAAGUCUAAAUUUUGUAAGAAAAUAAUUAAUUUUUUAAUAUAAUAUAAUAUAAAUUUUUUUUUAUUUAAUAUAAAUUUUUAAGUACUUUUAAAUUUAUAAUGAUUACAUUAUUUACGUUACACAAUAUAUAUAUAUAUAUGUUAUUUUGUUAUAUUAUAAAUUUGUAUAAUACAUAUGAGAAAUUAAUAGUUUAUGGAAUAGUUAACUUUUAUUAUUUUUAUAUAAGAUAACUUACACAUACCGAGAAAUCAAGUAUUUAUAAAAAAUUAGUGUAGUAUA